AUGGAUGAUAGCAGCCCCAACUCACCUCACCCCACCUCACCCCACCUCACCUCACCCCAACUCACCUCACCCCACCUCACCUCACCCCACCUCACCUCACCCACCUCACCUCACCUCACCCCAACUCACCCCACCCCACCUCACCUCACCCCACCUCACCCCAUCUCACCUCACCCCACCUCACCUCACCCCCCUCACCUCACCUCACCCCAACUCACCCCCCCACCUCACCUCACCCCACCUCACCCCAUCUCACCUCACCCCCCCACCUCACCCCACCUCCUCACCCCAACUCACCCCACCCACCUCACCCACCUCACCCCACUCACCUCACCCCACCUCACCUCACCCCACUCACCUCACCUCACCCCACCUCACCUCACCCCAACUCACCUCACCCACCUCACCCACCUCACCUCACCUCACCCCACCUCACCACCCCACCUCACCUCACCCCACCUCCCCUCACCUCACCUCACCUCACCCCACCUCACCUCACCUCACCCCACCCCCACUCACCUCACCUCACCCCCCCACCUCACCUCACCCCAACUCACCCCACCUCACCUCACCCCACCUCACCUCACCCCACCCCACCUCACCCCACCCCACCUCACCCCAUCUCACCUCACCCCACCUCACCCCACCUCACCUCACCCCACCUCACCUCACCCCACCUCACCCCAUCUCACCUCACCCCACCUCACCCCACCUCACCUCACCUCACCCCAACUCACCUCACCUCACCUCACCCCACCUCACCCCACCUCACCUCACCCCACCCCCAACUCACCUCACCCCACCUCACCCCACCUCACCUCACCUCACCCCAACUCACCUCACCCCACCUCACCCCACCCCACCUCACCUCACCUCACCCCACCUCACCCCAACUCACCUCACCUCACCCCACCUCAAAUUCAUCCAUAG